AUGGGCUGGGCUGGGUACGCGGGCGCCCUGGCCGAGGCGGUGGACGUGGCCAAGCUGCUGGGCAGCCGCUCGCUGCGGGAGCUGGAGGAAGCCCUCUUCUGCGGGACCGAGAGCCGCCCCGCCAGCUGGGAAGCCUACUGGGAGCGCAACGAGCCCCUGCGCGACGCCGACGAGGUGGCCGUGCCCGUGCUCUGCGUCUGCAGCGCCGACGACCCCGUCCGCGGGCCCCCUGCCCGCACGCUGCCCGUGGAGCUGUUCCGCAGCAGCCCCUACUUCUUCCUGCUGCUCACCCCGCGCGGGGGCCACUGCGGCUUCCCCCAGCGCGGCCCCGGGCGAUGCUGGGGCCACGAGGCCGUGCUGGAGUACUUCAGGGCCAUCGGCGAGUUCCUGCGGGCGGAGGAGCGGAGGACCGGGGUGCUGCAGCACCGUCGAUGGGGGGUUCCCCUCCCCGAGCCCCCCGCCUUCACCUGGCAGCGGUCCUACACCAGGUAG